AUGUAUUUUUUUGGUUUUGCCUCUAACAAAAGUGUUUCAAAAGGCUCAAUUAGAGCAAGAGCGCUGGAGAAGCUGGCCUCGCUUUCUGUGCGGGAGGUGGACGACUCCAGCACGCUCGAACAGAGUGUCCCUGACACGUUGAAGCGGCUGCUGGCGGCCACUAGGAGCCAGUCUGGCGCGCAGUUGGGCAGCAAGAAUAUCCGGCACUCGGAAUUUGAGGUUCUGCUGGCGCUCUGCAGAAGUUGCGAACAUAUCAAAAGCAAGAUCCAAGCAGAGAUCCUGCUCUCUAGAUUUGAGCUCUAUCUAGCGGAAUUGGGCACCGAUAGGUUUUCCUCGAAGAAAACGCUCAAAACGUACUUUCCCACGCCGUGGACAAAGCUGUCAUACGAAUUGGUUGUUGCAGUUUCGACUUUGGGGCUGAAUUUGCCCACAGUGAGGCCAAAAUGUCAGGAUCUGGUUUUCCGGUUUAUUGACACCUUGCAGUCAGACUCGGCCAACCUGAGGACUCUGUUUUGCUAUGUAGGGCUUCUGCAAGGGCUGACUAAAAACAUCGCGUUUGUUGGCUCCGAUCUUGUGCGGCGCGUGGUGAGUGUCUUUGACGAAGCGUUUUUUUCCCAAGUCGAGUCAUGUAUUGGCUCGAUCGACGAGCACGUUUAUGUGGAGAUGGUGAACAAUUUCGAGGACUACGGGUUUGAGUUUUCGUCGCUGUUUUUCAUGUUUUUGGUGCAGAAGCUGGCCGUUGAGUUUCUCAAGUGCCAACUGGAGUGCAAGUCUGAAAAAUCUCUCGUGUUCCACGUCCUGGCCAGUAACACCAAGGAGCUCCAGAAAAAAUUGGACACAUCGCUGCUGAAGGAGCUCGCGCUGACAGCCAUUGCGAACAACAAAUACGUCAACAACGGCUCCGACAGGCUGGUAACGUCGACGUUUGGCCGCAGAAACGCGGGCUACUCCAUCAAGGCGUCCACGAUCGAGAUACUCGCGUUGGGCUCGACGCUUUCGGUUGUGGAUCUCAAUUUUGCCACGGCGCUGAUGGACGACUAUCUGGAGCAGCUCUACAAGAUAGACGGCAACUGCACGAGCGAGGUGGUGGAGAUGAUUAAUUCCGAGCUGCUCACGAGCAUAUUCUCGAGCGCAGCUCUUCUUUCGGCGAGAAAGAGCUUUAUCGGCCUCCGUCUCAGCAAGUGUCUGCCAGCGAUUUUGUCGCUGCCGGUUUUGAACAGCGAGGCUGUCAGCGAGCUUGCGCAAUCGCUUUCGUUCUGUUUGAAAAAUCUGACCGAGGACGACGUUGUAUCGUGCGUGUACAGUCUGACGAACAUCUUGACCGACGCAGCAAAGCCAAACAGCGGCACUGUGAGCGGCACGAUGGAGCUAAGACCCUCGUUCUCGCUCUCGUCGACCGCGACCGGCCAGCCUCCGUCAACGCUGACCGAGGACGGCUCGUACGCAAUCGAGGUGCUACCGCUCGUGUACAGAAACGUGAUUGCGGCGGUUUUGGAGAUCGCUAAGGCGUUCAGAGACGAGUCAAUCAAUAUCCUGGCAGUGACGAUUCUCUUCCAGAAAGUGCGCAGGACACCAACAGAGCUAAACUGUUUGCUGUUGCGCGGACUGACUGGUUUUGUGGACGUGAUGGAGGAGCGGGAAUUUCUGAUCCUGGUGAGACACUUUUUCGACAUCUCGACCAUUUCCACCAAGGACAAGGUUUCGUUCUCCCGCAUCAGCUCUGUGUGGACCGAGUUUUCCGAGAUCAUGGCCAAAAGAGCGAGCUCCAGCCUGUACACCGUGUAUUUGCACGAGAUGCUAUCUGCGAUCAUUUCCAAGGGCGAUAUUGACGACCUGGAGCACCACCGGUCGAACAACGAAGUGUCGAUCUCUGCCUCUGAGAUUUCUCUGUAUCUAAAGCCUUUGGCGUAUCUUCUGCCCCCCGUCGACCAGGAACCACUCAUUCCGACAGACAAAGAGACCGUUGCGCUGUUCAAGGACAUGUGGUUCAACCUGUGCAUCCACGGCUACGCGCACGGCUCCGAGCUUCUGGCUGCCAACUACGACAGUCUCAUGCGCGUUGCACACAACUCGCCGGCCCUGGCGUCCGAGUCGUCGUGGAACCGCACAGAGACGACGAUCGACAUGAACACGGUGCUCCGCAGGGGCACCUCGAAGCACACCGAGAAGCUGCACAAGGACGUGCUGAGCUCGAUUAUCACGUCGAAGUCUAUCGACGCCAAAGUCUUCGAAACGCAGAUCUCGCGGCCCAAGCUCAUGUUCCUGGCCUCAAACCUGCUGCUCGAGAGUUUGCGUGCCGAAUGCGGCGACUGCUCGACGUCGCUGGAGUACCUCUCGGACCCGACCAUCUCGAUCUCGAAUCUGCAGGACUUUUCCGGCUCGAUUGCGUUCUACGUGACGUCUCAGUACUUCCGCCGCGUCCAAAAAGGCGGCUCCUCGUCGUUCACCACGGCAAAGAUCACUCGCCAGCUCCAGAACCUGUUCAUAUUCUGCUGCCACAGAGACUUUGCGCUCCAGAACGCAGCGUUGCAGUGCACUGAGCUCCUGAUUGUGCGUGCUCCCGUGCUGCUCUGCUACGAAAUGUCGCUCUUCUCUCUGCUGGACAUUUUGAGUCUGCUCUACGAGAGCGUCAUUGACGCCGACACCAACGAGUACGAGCCACGGAUCGAGUUUACCGCGCCGGUGUCCGGCGUGAAGCUGUUGCUCUCCGACUCGUACAAAUGGAGACACAAGACGCUCGACCUGCUGACCAGCUCGGCUCGCAAAUGGAUCACGCUGUGUCUGCUCAAGUGUCCGCAGGACACCAAGUCGCUGCUGCAGUCGUACGUCUCCAAGGUCAACGGCACGUCCAGAAAAGUAGCCAACUACGGUGUCACCUUCGCUCUGGAAAUGGCGGGCAAGGUCAUGCCUGCGGACCGCGAACUGUCGAGCGUCGACGGGCUGUCUGGCCGGCAAGUCAACAUCACCUCAGCGUUUCUGUCCCAAUUCCCCUGGAAAGCCGGCGGCUACGACUCGCUGCUGCGACUCACCGACCACGAGGCUGCUGGGCUGCGUGCUCUGCAUUUGCACACCCGCAGGAAAAUGGCCGAUUUACGGGCGGCCGUGUCUGCGCACCUGCCUGUGGCUCCCAACCUGCUCAGACUCGUGCUCCAUGCCGCCGCAUCGCUGAUCAUCCGCUCCUCUGACCACAGCAUGGGCGACUUGCUGCGCGAGGUGGUUGCAAUUCCGUUUGCUAUUUUUGACGCGGACUCGAUCGAACUUGGCGUCGGUCUGUGGCUCAGCAUCAUGAAGAUGCGGUCGGACCUGGCGCCGCUCGUGCUCUCUGAGAUAUGCCAGCGUUUGGAGGAGUCCAUCAAGUUGCAGAAGGGUCUUUACAGCAAACAGUUCGAUAUACAGAACUCCAAGUACAACAAGAUGGAAUAUCUGCCGACAAGCAAGGAGCAGAUAGACUACAACGGCCGCAACGCUUCAAAGAACAUAAAAGCGCACCUGCUGCUGUUUAGACUGCUGGCGUCGCACUUUGAGGCCACACGGUACCAGAGCAGCCAUAUAUUCAAGAUGUUCACCCGGACCGUGUUGAUUGCGCUGCUGGGGCUAACUUUUGCCAGCACGCAUCCGUUUGCCCGCACGGCACGCUUCGAGCUCAUCAAUUUUGCCCUAAGCGUGCUGAAGGUGCACCGCAGCCUCGGAACCAGAGACGUGCCCGGACUCACUUCUGCAAUCCUUGAUGGCGCGCUCUCGUGGUUUGCUACCAAACACCGUGCUCCGUAUGGGAACAACAAGAUGAAGAUCCGCGGUGACUUUGGCAUCCUUAACAUGGCCGCCAAGCUCUUCAUGGACGCGCGAUACCCGGAGAACCCGGUGUUUGAGCGCAAGCGCGUGCUCUUGCUGCUUUUCCUCGACCACGAGAUCAGCUUCCUAGCCACAUGGCUGCACCCGCUGCAUCCAAUGGACACCACCGGCUCUUAUAGCAACGUGAAGGUCACGGACCGCGUUUUGGCAGACGCGUACGCCCUGGACGGCCGCUUGGCCCUGAAUCUGGUCGAGCGGUACCGGACGCUCUCGCUGGAGAGACCCAUCAGACACCUGAUACAAAACGACCCGCUCAAGGCGCUCGAGGACCCAACUGCGCUGCGGCUGUUGCUUGCCAGCGAGGACGUCAAGGUGCCGUCGCUGAUGGUGCUGUCGACGGCUGCGUCGCCGUCGGACGCGAUCAACCUGUUUCUGCCGCCAUUCAACAGCGACCCGAUUAUCUUGCAGUACACGAUGCGCUCUCUUGAAAGUUUCGACGCCCACUUGACGUUUUUCUACGUCCCGCAGAUCGUGCAAGCACUACGGUUCGACAUGCAGCUGGGCUACGUGCGCCGGUUCAUUUUGGAGACGGCCAAGGUGUCGCAGCUGUUUGCGCACCAGAUUAUCUGGAACAUGGCCGCAAACUCGUACAAGGACGAGGAUUCGACGGUGCCGGACGACAUCAAGCCCACGCUGGACGAGAUCCGGUCGACGAUGGUGGCCGAGUUCACGCCGCAGGACCGGGCAUAUUACGAGAGGGAGUUCAGAUUUUUUGAGGAGGUGACGGGCAUUUCUGGCAAAUUAAAGCCGUUCAUCAAGAGCAGCAAGCCGGAGAAAAAAGCGCAGAUCGACAAGCACAUGGCGACCAUCAAGGUCGAGGAAGGUGUUUAUCUGCCCAGCAACCCGCAGGGCGUGGUGGUGGACAUCAACCGGCAGUCUGGAAAGCCGCUGCAGUCGCACGCCAAGGCGCCGUUCAUGGCCACGUUCAAGAUCCGCAAGGAGGUCAGCACCGUCGACGGCGACAAGCAGCAGCGCAUCGAGGACCUCAGCGCCAUUUUCAAGGUCGGCGACGACUGCAGACAGGACCUGCUUGCGCUGCAGCUGAUGUCGCUGUUCCGGACGAUCUGGAUGGACGCCGGGCUGGACGUGUUUGUGUUCCCGUACCGCGUUACCGCGACGGCACCAGGCUGCGGCAUCAUCGACGUGCUGCCAAACUCGAUCUCGCGCGACAUGCUCGGCAGAGAGGCCGUCAACGGGCUGUACGAGUACUUCAUCAGCCAGCACGGCCCAGAAACGUCGAUCGAGUUCCAGAAGGCUCGCAACAACUUUGUGAAAUCGCUCGCGGCGUACUCCAUCAUCACGUAUCUGCUGGAAAUCAAGGACAGACACAACGGAAACAUCAUGUACGACGACCAGGGCCACGUGUUGCACGUCGACUUUGGCUUCUGUUUCGACAUCGUGCCCGGCGGCGUCAAGUUUGAGCAGUCGCCGUUCAAGCUCACGCGCGAGAUGGUGCGUGUCAUGGGUGGCUCCACAGACACGCAGGCGUACAAGUGGUUCGAAGAGCUCUGUGUCAAGUCGUUUUUGGUUUGUCGGCCGUACAUGGACGCGAUCGUCAACAUGGUGGUGCCGAUGCUGAGCUCGGGGCUGCCGUGCUUCAAGCCUGCUACCAUCAAACAUUUGACGGCACGGUUUGUGCCCAAGAAGAGCGACAAGGAGGCGGCCAGAUACAUCCGCGGGCUGAUCAGAAAAUCGUUCGAGUCGCUGGCCACGAAGGGCUACGACGAGUUCCAGAGACUCACGAACGGCAUCCCGUACUGA